AUGAUGGAAACAAAUAAUGAAAAUAAAGAAAAAUUAAAAUUAUAUACUUGGGAUGAAGUAUCAAAACAUAAUCAAAAAAAUGAUUUAUGGAUUAUAGUUGAUGGUAAAGUUUAUAAUAUUACAAAAUGGGUACCAUUACAUCCAGGUGGUGAAGAUAUAUUAUUAUUAUCAGCAGGUAGAGAUGCAACAAAUUUAUUUGAAAGUUAUCAUCCAAUGACGGAUAAACACUAUUCCUUAAUUAAACAAUAUGAAAUUGGAUAUAUAUCAUCAUAUGAACAUCCAAAAUAUGUUGAAAAAAGUGAAUUCUAUUCUACAUUGAAACAACGUGUUAGAAAACAUUUCCAAACUUCAUCACAAGAUCCAAAAGUUUCAGUUGGAGUUUUCACAAGAAUGGUGUUAAUUUAUUUAUUCCUAUUUGUUACUUACUAUUUAUCACAAUUCUCUACGGAUAGAUUUUGGUUAAAUUGUAUAUUCGCUGUUUUAUAUGGUGUUGCAAAUUCGUUAUUUGGAUUACACACGAUGCAUGACGCUUGCCACACAGCAAUCACUCAUAAUCCAAUGACUUGGAAAAUAUUGGGUGCAACAUUUGAUUUGUUCGCUGGUGCUUCAUUCUAUGCAUGGUGUCAUCAACAUGUGAUUGGGCAUCAUUUAUAUACAAAUGUAAGAAAUGCAGAUCCAGACUUGGGUCAAGGUGAAAUUGAUUUUCGUGUUGUUACACCAUAUCAAGCAAGAUCAUGGUACCAUAAAUAUCAACAUAUUUACGCACCAAUUCUAUAUGGAGUUUACGCUUUAAAAUAUCGUAUUCAAGAUCACGAAAUCUUUACAAAGAAAUCAAAUGGUGCAAUUAGAUAUUCACCAAUAUCAACGAUUGAUACUGCAAUUUUCAUACUUGGUAAAUUGGUUUUCAUUAUCUCUCGUUUCAUACUCCCAUUAAUCUAUAAUCAUUCAUUCUCUCAUUUAAUUUGUUUCUUCCUAAUCUCUGAAUUGGUUUUAGGUUGGUAUUUAGCCAUUUCUUUUCAAGUUAGUCAUGUAGUUGAAGAUCUUCAAUUCAUGGCAACACCUGAAAUUUUCGAUGGUGCUGAUCACCCAUUACCAACAACCUUCAAUCAAGAUUGGGCAAUUCUUCAAGUUAAAACUACUCAAGAUUAUGCUCAAGAUUCAGUUUUAAGUACUUUCUUUUCUGGUGGUUUAAAUUUACAAGUUAUUCAUCAUUGUUUCCCAACAAUUGCUCAAGAUUAUUACCCACAAAUUGUUCCAAUUCUUAAAGAAGUUUGUAAAGAAUAUAAUGUUACAUAUCAUUAUAAGCCAACAUUUACUGAAGCAAUAAAGUCUCAUAUCAACUAUCUUUACAAAAUGGGUAAUGAUCCAGACUAUGUCAGAAAACCAGUAAACAAAAACGAUUAA